UCCAGUACCAUUUCUAGCUUUUUUUAGUGUCACGAAAACUCGUGUGAAAGCAUUUGGGUCUAGUCUUUUAGAUCUAGGUAGAGUUUUCCGUGUGGAGAAAUUUUUAGACACGUGUGUGUGCCACUGAAGCAUAUGUAUAGCUGUAUUUCAGUGGUGUGUGACAGUGGAGAAUAACAGAGGCCAUCGAACAGCUGAGCAAAGUGUGGGAAUAGUGAAACGUCAAAACAUGAGUGUAUAAGCCUUGUCAUUUUUAAAUUAUAAAGAAGCUGCGCCGCGGUUGUAAUUUAUUUAGUCAUACGAUUAAAAUAUAGAUAUAUUGAUAUGUGAGCAUCAGUUAAAGCCGAUCUUUCAGAGGAUGAAAACUAUCCAAGGAAAAGUUGUUAUUCUGGGUGCUCACGGUGUUGGAAAAACAACGGUGAUAUAUCGUCAUAUGAAACAAAAGUUCAGUCAUUAUUUGAGUCCAACUAUAGGUGCUUCAUUUUUCAGUUGUGUGAUAAAACUCGACGAAGCAAAAGUCAAACUACAGGUAUGGGAUACUGCUGGUCAGGAGCGUUUUCGAUCAAUGGCUCCGAUGUACUAUCGAAAUGCAAAUGCAGCUUUGCUUGUAUUUGAUUUGACGGAUGAAAAAUCAUUUCAACAAAUGAAGUCUUGGGUGAUGGAGUUGAACAGCAACGUUGACGAAUCUAUGGUUCUAGUCUUGAUUGGCAAUAAAAGUGACCUUUGCGAUCGAAGAGUUGUGGGUUUUGGAGAAGGUAAACAAUAUGCCGAUAGUAUAGGCGCAACUUAUUACGAGACAUCGGCCGUCAAUGACGACGGUGGAGUGGACCAAGUAUUUUAUGCGGUCGCGUCGGCAUUGAAAAAACUAAGCUCUAGAAUUAACGAAGAUUCAAGAAAUGACACCCUCGCCAUUCUGAAUGGUUUUAAGAUCUAUGAUUUCCCGGAACUAGACAGUCCUGGACAACCGGCAAGUCCUUCAAGCGAAGACAGUUUUACCAAUGGAAGUAUAGCGCAUGGAAUUACCGAGAAAACUUACAUGUGCUGUUGAGAGAUUUUACCGAGUAACGAUAAUUUUUUUUUACGAUGAUCAGUAAUUCCGGUAGCGCAAGUUUCGAUGUAACUUUAGAUCGAAUAAUCUUGAAUAAAGUGAACGCGGUAAUGUCUCAGAUAGAAAUCCGUGAUCUCUAUAAUUUCGCCACAACAGUGCCUAAAUUUUCAUCUCUGGUUUCCCCAUUAUACAUCGGUUGAUUAUUUAUCGUCUUCGCGCGUAAAGCGUAGCUGAUAAUCGUCAAGGUUAUUCCUGAAUGAUUUUUCAGUUCCCUAUGCUACGACUGAUUGCUCAAUUGGUAAAAUCGCGUUUUUCUAGUUGCCGCUAAUGAAAAUGUAUCUAGUCUUUGAAAUCCAAACUAAAUUUUUCAAUUCCUCGGAUUUUACCUAUUUCUUUUUCAAGACUGUCUUCAUCGCGUGAUUCGUCCAACGAUUCGACAAGAGAUAAGAAAAAAGAUAAAAAUAAAAGAAAGACGAAGCAUGCGAUUAUAAUUUUGUCAUUUCGUUUUCUAAUUAUCUCUAUAUACGCCUUCAAAAUGCACACUAAAUAAUUAUUGAUAUUAUUGUGAUUAUUAUUGUUAUACAGAUUCGUUAUUUAUGUAAGUGAUGAGUAUGUAGAUAUUCAUAAUAAUUUUAGUAAAUAUACUGAUAAGUAAGCUCUCAUUUAGACCCCAGGCCGAAAUUUCCGAGAUCGUGCUAGAUUUAAUUGUGAAUUUGUCUCAACUUUGUACUUUGUAACCCAUAUUGAUCCAAAAAAAUAUGUACAAACUUCUAUGUUCGCGAAGAGGCUAAUAAAGUAGUGAACUAUUUACUUUUUAAUAAAAAAAAAUAAAAGAAAA